CUUCCGUCAUGCAUAUUGUACGGUUUCAAAAAAGCAUAUGCAUGAGUGUAUGUGAUUAAGUGGGGAGUCUGGUGACUGACCAUGCCUAUAAUCUUUCCUGGUGACAGACACCAGAUUACCUACUUUCCUUCCAAUUUUCAUAAUGGUAUCUAACAUUUUCCUCCGUCAGCAUCAAAGCACUAUCAUCCGUCCCUUGGAUCAAGUAUUUAAGGAAUACGUCGACUCGGACGGCAUUUUCGUACCAGAAGGCUCGGAAAACCUAAAGCUCUCUUUCGGAUCAAGAAGAAAAGGACCACGACAAGGAUGA